AUGACCUCCCAGACACCAGCCGUUGUCAUGGACAACGGAACUGGAUAUUCCAAGAUUGGUUUCGCCGGCAACGAUUCUCCCUCGUUUGUUUUCCCAACUGCAAUUGCAACAAAGGCUGCCGCUGGCGGAGGUGCGGCGGGCGCUGGGCGGCCUGCGGUUGCGAAUAAGCCUGCUUUUUUGGGUGGAGGUAGCUCUGGUGGCCAUCUGUCUGGAAAGCGCGGUACUGAAGACUUGGACUUCUUUAUUGGCGAUGAGGCACUUUCCGCCGCCAGUGGACCUGGUUAUGGUAUUCACUACCCCAUCAGACACGGUCAAAUCGAGAAUUGGGACCACAUGGAACGUUUUUGGUCAAAUUCGAUAUUCAAGUACCUUCGGGUUGAGCCUGAAGACCACUACUUCUUGCUUACUGAGCCGCCUCUAAACCCGCCUGAAAAUCGAGAGAAUACUGCCGAAAUUAUGUUCGAAUCUUUCAAUUGCGCAGGUCUUUAUAUUGCCGUACAGGCCGUCUUAGCAUUGGCAGCCUCCUGGACAUCGUCGAAAGUGACCGAUAGAUCCCUUACCGGUACUGUCAUUGAUUCUGGUGACGGUGUUACUCACGUUAUUCCUGUCGCCGAAGGCUACGUUAUCGGCUCUUCGAUCAAAAGCAUUCCGAUAGCUGGUAGGGAUAUUACGUAUUUUGUCCAGAGCUUGCUUCGAGACCGUGGUGAGCCAGACAGCAGCUUGAAGACAGCGGAGAAGGUGAAAGAGGAGUAUUGCUACGUUUCUCCUGAUAUUGUCAAGGAAUUUGCCCGUUACGAUCGGGAGCCGGACCGUUUCCUCAAGCACACCGUCACCUCGCCAAAUGGACGCUCAAUUUCGAUCGAUGUCGGCUAUGAGCGUUUCUUAGCCCCUGAGAUCUUCUUCAACCCAGAAAUUUACUCUUCGGACUUCCUUACCCCACUCCCAACUGUCGUUGAUGGUGUCAUUCAAUCCUCUCCCAUUGAUGUUAGGAGGGGCCUGUACAAGAACAUUGUCCUCUCAGGAGGUUCCACUUUGUACAAGGACUUUGGCCGCCGCCUGCAACGUGAUAUCCGUCAUCUCGUAGACGCUCGCAUUCGCGCAUCCGAGGCUCGCAGUGGUGGUGCCAGAAGUGGAGGAUUGGAAGUCCAGGUCGUUACACAUAAACGUCAAAGACAUGGUCCCUGGUUUGGAGGAAGCUUGCUUGGUCAAACACCGGAGUUCCGCAGCUACUGUCACACAAAAGCCGAAUACGAUGAGAUUGGCCCAAGUAUUGUCCGAAGAUUCGCUCUACUUGGUGGACCAGGAAGCAGCUAA